CACAUAUUGAUUCUCAUUUGACCGCUUUAUUGAGAACAGUAGUUGGUAGAUAGAUUUGUCAUUACUAUGUCUGAAUUUGAAUUGCCCCUAAAUUGCUCACUCCAUUUCGUCCGCAUAGUUGUGGUGUUUUGCGCGAUUUAAUUUCCCUUUCAUUCCCAAAUCCUUGCCAUUUCAUUUCUUGCUUCCUUGAAACCUAGAGCAACGGACUUAUUUUCAUUUCAGACGACGUUGGAGAUUAUGGCCGCAGUUGAAGAGGGGGCUCUAUUGAGACCAAGCACUAUUAAUGUAACUUCGGACGUUGGCACUUAUUAUAAAAUCAAGUAUUUAGACAAAGUGAAGAAAAAUUUAAAGGAUAAAGGUGGUGAACAAUUGUUAAAUAGAUUUUUACGGGGUUGUUUUGGACAUUUAUUGGAUUGGAAUCCUGGUCCGAAAUGUGCAAUGGCCAUUCAUCAAGUAGUCUCUCACCAAAUAAAGUCAAGCCGUGAUGGCCUUUUCUUUUUAUUGAAUAAUACGAGAGUUCAUUUUUCGAAGAGGGAUUAUGCUUUAGUGACUGGUCUUAAUUUUGGUGAUUUUAAUGUAGAUAUGUCGCGUAAUCAUGAUUUGAGUGGAGUGGAAGUGUUUAAUAAAUUUAAUUGUGGUGAGUCUCAUGUGAAACUAUCAACCCUCAUUGAUCUUUUUGAGAAUUUUGAAAUUGAUGAUGAGGAUGGUAGUUUAUACUUGAGGAUUGCCUACAUUAUAGUCCUAUAUGGCAUGCUUGUAGGUUAUGAGACUGAUAAAACAAUUGAGCAUUGGGUUUGGGCAUUGGUAGAUGAUCUUGAUGCAUUUAACCAAUUUCCGUGGGGGGCGUAUACGUAUAAUUUGUUGUGUUACUAUACGACAAAUUCAAGUAAUGUGGUCUGUAAUUGUGUUGCUGAGUUUGCGCACCCUAAAUGUUUGAAGUGGAAGUUUCGUAGUAGACCGGCUACGAAGGAUUUACGGCCCUUCUUCGAGAAAGAGGAGCAAGAGUUAUUGGAGUUGGUCGCAGACGAAUUUGAAGUCAGCACUAUGUACUACUUAUCUACCAUUGGUGUGUAUAUGGGGGCACAGCAUGAUGAAGCUCGUGUGUAUAUGGGGGCACAACAUGAUGAAGCUCCUAAUCAGGAUUUCCCAUAUGGGCCUUCACACGACAUUCAUGUUGAAGAGCAAGAACAAGAGGAAGGAGGAGCUCUGCAUGAUAUACCUAUUUCUGCGCAUGAUUUGGCUGCGACAGUGAUGGACACACGGGCGCGGAGUUCAUCUUCCCAUGAAGAGGGUCGUCGUAGACGAGCUAGGGAAAAGCGUGUUCGGCCACCUACUACAUCUUCAUCAUCUAGUAGCGGCGAUCAUGCUAACCGGCGUGUAGACCGUGAAUUUAUGGAGACAGUUGUGAGGAGGAUGGAUGAGGCACACGAGGAGAGAAUGAAAAGGCACAGCGAUGCUUUACAUGAACGGGUCAAGGGGACAUUGAAGGGGUUUUUCGAGGAGUUGAAGGGUUUUUUUAGUUGUAAGAGUGUCCGAGCUACGGUUGUUCGUUCUCCUGUUCAUCGACCUACACCGGCACCCGAUGCAAGACAGAGUGAUGAUAUACCCGACGAGGGCACCGAGGAAGGCGAUGUUCCUCGUGUUGAUAAUGUUACACCAUCGCCAUAG